UUAGAGAUGAAGAAUUAUCAGAACUCUAAAAUAGACAGCAAAGUCUGAAAAAUCUUCUUCAAUGGCGUCUUCUCUCUUUUCUAACUAAUCACAAUCUUAGAAUUUUAAUUUUCACUAAUCUUCAAUCAAAAACUAUCAUUAUACUUAUGCUAUGUUUUGAUUAGAUUAAGAGAGUUUCAAUUUAUCAGUGUGAAGUUUUUGUGCCCUAAUUCAAUCAAUUAUCAUCAUGAACAGAGGAAAUUUAGGUCUUGGUCUUAAACUCUCUGUUCCUGCAACUGAUCAAGUUGCUUUUGCUAAGUUUCUGACUGAGAGUGGAACGUUUAAGGAUGGAGAUCUGCUUGUUAACAGAGAUGGAGUUCGGAUUGUCUCUCAGUCUGAAGUUGAAGCUCCACCACCAAUCAAGGCAACAGACAACCAGUUAAGUUUGGCGGACAUCGACAUAGUGAAAGUUGUUGGGAAGGGAAAUGGAGGGGUGGUGCAAUUGGUGCAACACAAAUGGACCAAUCAGUUUUUCGCAUUAAAGACAAUUCAAAUGAAUAUUGAAGAGUCCGUGCGCAAGCAGAUAGCUAAAGAGCUGAAAAUUAAUCAAGCAGCACAAUGUCCUUAUGUUGUUGUCUGCUACCAAUCAUUCUAUGAUAAUGGUGUCAUAUCAAUCAUCUUAGAGUACAUGGAUGGAGGUUCCUUGGCUGAUCUUCUGAAGAAAGUUAAAACAAUUCCAGAGCCUCGUCUUUCUGCCAUAUGUAAGCAGGUUCUAAAGGGUUUGGCAUAUCUUCACCAUGAAAGACAUAUUAUCCACAGAGACUUGAAGCCUUCUAAUUUGUUGAUAAACCAUACUGGCGAAGUAAAGAUUACUGAUUUUGGUGUUAGUGCAAUUAUGGAAAGUACAUCUGGUCAAGCAAAUACUUUCAUUGGCACGUACAACUAUAUGUCUCCAGAGAGAAUCAAUGGAGGCCAGGGUGGCUACAACUACAAAAGUGAUAUAUGGAGUUUGGGACUAAUAUUGCUUGAGUGUGCUAUGGGGCGGUUUCCAUAUAUGCCACCAGAUCAAAGUGAAAGAUGGGAAAGUAUAUUUGAGCUUAUUGAAACUAUUGUCGACAAGCCUCCUCCUAGUGCUCCAUCUGAACAAUUUUCUCCAGAAUUUUGCUCAUUUAUCUCUGCAUGUCUACAGAAAGAUCCGAGGAAUAGACUGUCGGCUCAGGAACUUUUGGAACUUCCUUUUAUCAGCAUGUAUGAUGAUCAGCAUGUAGAUCUCUCAGCUUACUUCUCCAAAGCAGGAUCUCCACUCGCAACCUUGUAAGAGAUGACUAUUUCGUGCAUGUGAGCGGCUUUGCGGAUGAGUCAGAUAAACCAGCUCCUAGCAUUAUAUCAAAGAUACUAUAUUAUGUUUAGUGAUUGAGUUCAAUAAUAUGUGAUAAACUCAGAUGCAAGGUUCAAGAAUUUGUCAUGAUUGGAACUUGGUGAAGAAUUAUAAUGAAUAUUGAGUGUUAAGUUAAGGGAUCGAUCCACUUGCAACAAAGUGUUUGAAAUUUUAUUAUUGCAACAGAACUUACCCCUGGGAUUUGCCUAAGAUGCAGACAAUAUUAUCUUUAUCUGUUGUACAAAUUUAUAAUUUAUAUUAGAGUUGCAAGUUUUUUCA